AGUUAGUGAUAAAAAGUGAUAUUAAUGAAUCCCAAGAGUGACGAGGCGACGCCGGUGAGCAGAUAUGGGCAAGUUUGCAGCUUCCUGUUUCACCUGAAAGUUUUGAUGGGAUACGCCGUGUACAACUAUUUCUCCCAGCACUUUGUGUCCGUGUUUUUGCGCCGUCUCUUCUGUCCGGUGGUGAUCCAGCUGGAUAGCAGUGACAAGUGUCGGAGUGAGCGUGACCAGACAACGCAGCUGUACGAGUCGAACCGGCCGGAGCUUGCCGGCUUGAGCGGUACCAGGAACGUUGUCCGAGCUGGCCGCAGCAGCUACGGCACCGGCACCAACAUGAUUGACGCCCACGGUAACGCCUUACCUCCCCUCAGUCCCUCCAGCAACAACAACACCACGACCGAGCUGGAGAAUGACAAACCGAUGCUACCGAUGACACCCGCAAAAGCGCUCGACUACCAUGGAGUACACUUGACGGACUUUGAGAAGCAGGAAAUCGAGAAAUAUAAGGAAAUAUACUAUCUUGGGCUGGACGCACGCAAAAUCAACGCAAAGGCAGGGAUCGGUCCAAACUCGGGUUUCGAUGACGAGAACGGAUGCUAUCAAAAGAUUGUACACGAUCACAUCUGCUACCGGUACGAGAUCCUGGAGAUCAUUGGCAAGGGCAGCUUCGGACAGGUGAUCCGGGCGUUGGACCACAAAACCAAGCAGUACGUGGCAAUCAAGAUCAUCCGCAACAAGAAGCGCUUCCACCAUCAGGCCCUCGUCGAAGUUCGGAUACUGGACGAGCUGAGGAAGAAGGAUGCCGACGGAAGCCACCAUGUCAUCCACAUGCUCGAUUACUUCUACUUCCGCAACCAUCUCUGCAUCACGUUCGAGCUUAUGAGCCUCAACCUGUACGAGCUGAUCAAGAAGAACAACUACCAAGGAUUCAGCCUGAGCCUCAUCAAGCGGUUCUGCAACUCGAUCGUCAAGUGCUUAAGAUUUCUCGACGAGUUGGACAUUAUUCACUGUGAUCUGAAACCGGAAAACGUGCUACUGAAACAGCGUGGCAGCAGCACGAUAAAGGUCAUCGAUUUCGGCAGCUCGUGCUUCUCGGACCGAACCGUCUACACCUACAUCCAGUCACGGUUUUACCGGUCGCCGGAAGUUAUCCUCGGUUACCCGUACGACAAAGCGAUCGAUAUGUGGAGCUUAGGAUGCAUUUUAGCCGAGCUGUACACAGGAUACCCACUAUUCCCGGGUGAGAAUGAAGUCGAACAACUGGCGUGCAUAAUGGAAAUAUUGGGCGUACCGUCCAAGGAGAUCUUCCAGCUGGCGACCAGGAAGCGGUUAUUCUUCGAUUCACGAGGAGUUCCGCGGUGCAUAACCAACUCGAAGGGACGCAAAAGGAAACCGGGCUCGAAAACGCUGUCGCAAGCACUACGAUGCAACGAUACCGUGUUCAUCGAUUUCGUCAGCAAAUGUUUGGAGUGGGAUCCACAUAAGCGUAUGACACCGGAACAGGCGGCACGCCACGAAUGGCUCCAGGUGAGCGCAUCGAAGGCCUACUUCGGCUCCAAGUCGAAGGAAAGCAGCGACACGCAGCUGAACUUCCUUCACAAACAGCAACGAUCUCAGCCAAUGACACCAAACACCAUCCUGCCAGAGAUAAAGACUCCCUCCAACCGUACGCUACGGUUUACCAAAGAGCGCGUCAAAGCAACCGAUCUCGAAACGGCACAACAGCAAUCCUCACUACAUCGGUUGACCAACGUCCGGAAAGUGACUGCCACCGGUUUAACGAACCUUACCAACAACAACAACAACAACAACAACAGUCACGGCCUCAGCCAUCUUCACAGUGGUGGAGGUGGUGGUGGGAGUGGUAGUAGCCACCACAACAACAACAACAACGGCAUCAGCACCAGCGGCAGUACGCAGACAAUAAACGGCACGUCCAAGUACGCGUCUUCCACAUCGUCCGCGCACCAUCACCAUCAUCAUCACGGUGGUGCGAUGCCGCACUCGCAGAGCACCGGCGACGUGUCGGCCAUCUUCGGUCGGGCAUGACAUGAAACGUUGGCCCGUGCAAAGGACACCAGCAAAAUCAUAAGCCUCAUCUAGGGCGCGACCUGUCUGUUUCGCAAGAAGCCGUUAAAAGGCAAGGACAGA